AUGGAUGCGAAUAAAAUGAAUCGCUUAUUGCUUCUUCUCUCUCUCUUUCUCAUCCUAAAUAUAUCAUCAGCUCAACUCCGCCGUAAUUUCUACGCCGGGAUUUGCCCGGACGUCGAACAAAUAGUCAAAAAGGCCGUUGAACAAAAAGUCCAACAAGCUUCCAUCACCGUUCCCGCCAUUCUCCGCCUUUACUUUCAUGACUGUUUCGUAAAUGGUUGUGAUGCAUCGGUGAUGAUAGAGUCAACCAAUGAUAACAAGGCGGAGAAGGACCAUCCAGAUAAUCUAUCGUUGGCCGGAGAUGGAUUUGACGCCAUCGUUAAAGCCAAACAAGCUCUUGACGCCGUCCCAAAUUGUCGUAACAAAGUUUCUUGCGCCGAUAUUCUCACGAUUGCCACUCGUGACGUUGUUAAUAUCGUGGGUGCACCAAGGUACGAAGUGGAAUUGGGGAGGCUUGAUGGGCUAUCAUCGACGGCGGCAAGGGUAGAAGGAAAGCUGCCACAACCAACAGAUGAUGUUGACAAACUCACUUCACAUUUCGCCAAAAAUGGGCUUAGUCUUGACGACAUGAUCGCCCUCUCCGGGGCACACACAAUUGGAGUCGCUCAUUGCACCAAGGUAUUGGAGAGGAUAUACGGUGUCAAAGAAGACCCGAAGAUAAACGCUACUUACUUAGCACAACUCAAAGAGCUGUGUCCUAGAGACGUGGAUCCUCGCAGAUUGGUAGUUAUGGACCCAACAACACCGGGAAAAUUCGACAACGUUUACUACAAAAACUUGCAGCAAGGCAAAGGAUUUUUCAAGUCUGACCAAGUUUUGUUCAGCGAUCGUAGGUCAAAGCCUACCGUCAACUUAUGGGCUAGUAAUGAACAGUUGUUUAAUCAAGCUUUCGUUAACUCCAUGAUCAAGCUUGGUCGCGUUGGUGUUAAAACCGGCCGUGAUGGUAAUAUCCGUCGCGAUUGUGAAGCCUUUAAUUAGAAAAUACACUUUGUGAAAUUUAAGAAAAAAGAUGAAUAUUUUUCUUUGUAACUCUGGCUUACGCGUUGCGCGCGGCCCUAGGGACAUAGA